CCGUGCGAACAUGGCGCUGCAAGCGGUGCGGAGCGUGCGGGCCGCAGUCGGCAGCCUGCGCGCCAUCUCGGCACCCAGCGCGCCCUGCUCGCCGCGGCCAUGGGGACUGCGGGCGGGUGCAGUCCGGGCACUGCGCACCGGCCCUGCUCUGCUGUCGGUGCGGAAAUUCACAGAAAAACACGAAUGGGUAACAACAGAAAACGGUGUUGGAACAGUGGGAAUCAGCAAUUUUGCACAGGAAGCUUUGGGAGAUGUUGUUUACUGUAGUCUGCCUGAAGUUGGGACAAAGUUGAACAAACAAGAGGAGUUUGGUGCUUUGGAAAGUGUGAAAGCUGCUAGUGAACUCUAUUCCCCUCUAUCAGGAGAAGUAACUGAAAUUAAUACAGCUCUAGCAGAAAAUCCAGGACUUGUCAACAAGUCUUGUUAUGAAGAUGGUUGGCUGAUCAAGAUGACAUUCAGUAACCCUUCAGAACUAGAUGAACUAAUGAGUGAAGAAGCAUAUGAAAAAUACAUAAAAUCUAUUGAGGAAUGAAAAUGGAACCCCUAAAUAAACUACUUUGAAACAAAAA